AGGGGGGACAACAUCAACAGGCACAGCUCCAAAAAACCUGAGCAUAGAACAAGUGACAGGAGAGAGGAGAGGAAGUCACGCUGUCGGCAGGAUGGGGUCCCUUUUCCGGAGUGAGGAGAUGUGCCUGACGCAGAUGAUCCUGCAGGUAGAAGCUGGAUACUCCUGCGUCGCAGAGCUGGGAGAGCUUGGCCUGGUGCAGUUCAGAGAUCUGAAUGUCAGUGUGAACAAUUUCCAGCGAAGGUUUGUGAAUGAGGUGCGGCGCUGUGAGGGGAUGGAGCGGAUCCUGCGAUUUUUGGAGUGUGAGAUGCAGAAUGACAAGAUAGUCGUAAAACAUCCUGAGAAAUCACCACAGACGCCGCUGCCGAGAGAGAUGAUUAAUCUUGAGACCGGCCUGGAGAAGCUGGAGGGGGAGUUGCAGGAGGUGAACCGUAACCAGCAGACCUUGAAGCAGAAUUUUCUGGAGCUGACAGAACUGAAGCAUCUACUGAAGAAGACUCAGGAUUUCUUUGAGGCUGAAGCAAAUCUUCCUGAUGACUUCUUCAAUGAAGACACCAGCAGCCUCUUGGAGCUUCGGACCGUCCCCUCUGCUGCUGCCGCUGGCAAACUGGGGUUCACAGCCGGGGUGAUCGGGAGAGAGAGAAUGGCGUCAUUCGAGAGGCUGCUGUGGAGGGUUUGCAGGGGGAACAUCUACCUGAAGUACAGUGAGCUAGACACGUCUCUGGAGGAUCCCAUUACUAAAGAAGAAGUGAAGAAGAAUGUCUUCAUUAUAUUCUACCAGGGCGAUCAGCUCAAACAGAAGAUCAAAAAGAUCUGUGAGGGGUUUAAAGCUACAGUUUACCCAUGUCCAGAGUCCGCAGCUGAACGCCGCAACAUGGCUGCUGAUGUGAACACUAGGAUUGAGGAUCUGAAUGCGGUCAUAACGCAAACAGAGUCCCACCGCCAGCGUGUACUGUUGGAAGCUGCGCAGAAUCUGUCCAGCUGGAUGAUUAAAGUGAAGAAGAUGAAGGCUGUGUACCACGUUCUGAACCUGUGUAACAUUGAUGUCACUCAGCAGUGUGUCAUCGCCGAGAUCUGGUGCCCAGUGGACGACAAGGAGCGCAUCAAACAGGCGCUGCACCGCGGAACUGAGCGCAGCAGUUCCACCAUUGCUCCCAUCCUGACCGAUAUACCAACCAAAAUGGAACCACCGACCUUCAACCGGACCAAUAAGUUUACGUCUGGCUUCCAGAACAUUAUAGAUGCCUAUGGUGUUGGGAAUUACAGAGAAAUGAACCCAACCCCUUACACCAUCAUCACAUUCCCAUUCCUCUUUGCGGUAAUGUUUGGCGAUUGCGGACACGGUGCCGUCAUGUUGGGAUUUGCAGCCUGGAUGCUCCUGAAUGAAAAACAGCUUCUAACUACCAAGAGUGACAAUGAAAUCUGGAACACUUUCUUUGGGGGUCGAUACUUGAUCUUCCUCAUGGGAAUAUUCUCCAUCUACACUGGAUUCAUCUACAAUGACUGCUUCUCCAAGUCAUUUAACAUAUUCGGGUCAGCAUGGAGAGUCCGCCCCAUGUUCACCAACGGCACCUGGAAUGAUCAUUUGUUAUAUCAGGGAGUUGAUUUACAACUAGACCCAAAGGUUCCUGGUGUUUUUUCUGGGAAUCCUUACCCGUUUGGGAUUGACCCGAUCUGGAAUAUUGCUAAAAACAAGCUAACAUUCCUGAACUCCUACAAGAUGAAGAUGUCAGUGAUUUUGGGGAUCGCACAGAUGGUGUUUGGGGUGGUACUUGGUCUGAUAAACCACAUAAAUUUCCGGCGACACGUUAACAUCAUCCUGCAGUUUGUCCCGGAGAUGAUUUUCAUUUUGUCUCUCUUUGGUUACCUGGUGUUUAUGGUCAUCUUCAAGUGGUGCACGUACAAUGUGAACAACUCCCAGGAAGCCCCCAGUAUCCUCAUUCACUUCAUCAACAUGUUCCUCUUUAACUACAAUGACCCAUCCAAUGGUCCACUCUAUGGGCACCAGAAAGAAGUUCAGAGUUUCCUGGUCAUAUUCGCACUUAUCGCUGUUCCCUGGAUGCUUCUAAUAAAACCUUUUGUCCUACGAGCCAAUCACCUCAAACAACAGAGAAUGCUGCACUCCUCAUCCUUACCUGAAGAACAUAUCGAAAUCACAGAUGUGGAACAUGCACAGUCUAAUCACUCCAAAAAGGAGGACAAAAAGGAGGAACAUGGAGGACACGAUGACCAUGGAGGACACGGCGGGGAGUUUGAUUUCGGGGACAUAUUUGUUCACCAGGCCAUCCACACUAUAGAGUACUGCCUGGGCUGUAUCUCCAACACAGCCUCCUACCUACGUCUCUGGGCCCUGAGUCUGGCACAUGCACAGCUGUCUGAGGUCUUGUGGACCAUGGUAAUGCACAUUGGUCUCUCCAGUGCUGGUUGGGGUGGCCUCAUUGGUGUUUUUAUCAUCUUUGCUAUCUUUGCAAUCCUAUCAAUAGCUAUAUUGUUGGUCAUGGAAGGUCUGUCCGCCUUCCUCCAUGCUCUGCGUCUCCACUGGGUGGAAUUCCAGAACAAGUUCUACUCAGGCACAGGACAGAUGUUCCUUCCGUUCUCUUUCCAGCGCAUCCUGGAAGGGAAUGUAGACGAUUAGACUAAAUUGUCACAGAAAAUGAAACAGGUGAAAUAAUGAAAAGCAAAAAACUCUGCUCUCUGGACUCUAUGUUUUAUAAUAAAGCAAUUUAUAUUA